AUGGUUUGUUUGGCUUUGGUUGGCCCAAUACUUCGGCUUUUGCAAAAGACCAGCGAGCGCGGCGAACAAAUGGCCGUCUCGGUCCAACCAACGACGAUGGUCAGUAAUGGACACCGCAGUACUACGUACGAAUCCACGCAUACGACGGCAUGCGGCACAGAAGGCAAGGAGCUGAGACAUGCGCUCAGCACGCAUGUCCAAGCCAAAAGACCAAACCAAUCCGAUUCCUGUCGUUUCGAGGAGCCCGGCACCGAUCACCAGCCACCCGCGAGACGCUCCAUCUCCGCGAGAGACAAGCGUCAAUACUGUCCCACGACGCCACCUCUACUCUCUGCCUAUUCUGCUACGGCAAGAGCGCCCCAUUCCGACGGAACCCCGGUCGCCGAUGGCAGCGGCACAGCAAACUUGAUCAGCCAUGACCUCCGCCCUUCUGACCUUGCCUGCUUCCUCGGCUCCAUAGCUUUCUCACACAGUUGCACACCGGUGCUAAGGUUUCGUCAAUAACAUGACCCCCGCGACGCGCCAGGCAGCAUUGCGUAUAUCCAAUCUUACCGGCGGUCUGGAGCUUGAGCCGUGGAUGAUCGGGAGCUACCCGCACGAAGAUGCGCGAGGGCGUGUCGUCGCUCCUUACCCGAAACGCAACGUUUCCCGCUUUCCACGACUCGCGAGUCCUUAGCUUCGAGAAGCAGACUUUGGCCGAAUCAAGAAGUUGGCCGACAUGGACGUCGGACACUAGAGCGCCCGCGGCAA